GGUGCCCCGCGCUCGGCACUUGUUUGGAUGCUGCCGUCACAUCAUGGCGACGCGCGGGGGCGGCGGCGCGGCGGGACCGACCCGGCGGAGCUCGAGCCUCAGCGGCGGCGGAGACGAGGCGGCGGCGGCCCCGAGCGGCAGCCCCGAGGUGGUUGGCGGUGCCAUGGAAGAAGCUGGAUCUCGGGAGAUGGGAAUGAAUAACCAGGAUAAACUGGUGAAAAGCAAGUGCACUGAGUUGUCUGAUACAGCGUUGCAGUAUCCACAGUCCAAUUGUUACAGCCUGGAAAACACUGGCACCUUGGAAGAAGCCGAGUAUAUCACAAAGAGCAGAAAGCACCCGGGGUCCAUGGGCUGUUCCCAAGAGUCCCGUGAGGAGACUCCUGGGAGAGAAGAAGCCCGUACUGAUCCACCUGAUGGCCAGCAAGAUCCAGAGAGUGAAAAACACAAAGAGAAAACGUUGGGAAAAGAAGUGUUAUUAUUAAUGCAAGCCUUGAACACACUUUCUACUCCAGAAGAAAAGCUGGCAGCUUUGUGCAAGAAGUAUGCUGAUCUAUUGGAGGAGAGCCGAAAUGUUCAAAAGCAAAUGAAAAUACUGCAGAAGAAGCAAGCACAAGUUGUGAAGGAGAAAGUCCACUUGCAGAGUGAGCAUAGCAAGGCCAUUUUGGCACGUAGCAAACUGGAAUCUCUCUGUCGGGAGCUUCAGCGUCAUAACAAAACUUUGAAGGAAGAAAACAUGCAACAAGCACGUGAAGAAGAAGAAAGACGGAAAGAAGCAACUGCACACUUCCAGAUCACACUGAAUGAAAUCCAGGCUCAACUGGAACAGCAUGAUAUACACAAUGCCAAGCUCCGUCAGGAAAACAUUGAACUGGGGGAAAAACUGAAGAAACUCAUUGAACAGUAUGCAUUGCGAGAAGAGCAUAUUGAUCAAGUGUUCAAACAUAAGGAACUGCAGCAGCAACUUGUGGAUGCCAAACUUCAGCAAACUACCCAGCUUAUUAAAGAAGCGGAGGAAAAACACCAGCGAGAACGGGAGUUUCUGCUAAAAGAAGCUACAGAAUCCAGACACAAAUGUGAACAGAUGAAGCAACAGGAAGCUCAACUGAAGCAGCAGCUUUCUCUUUACAUGGAUAAGUUUGAAGAAUUCCAGACCACCAUGGCAAAAAGUAAUGAGCUCUUUACAACUUUCAGGCAAGAAAUGGAGAAGAUGACAAAGAAGAUUAAGAAACUGGAAAAGGAAACCAUUGUGUGGCGUACAAAAUGGGAAAACAACAACAAAGCUCUUCUGCAAAUGGCUGAAGAGAAAACAGUAAGAGAUAAAGAAUACAAAGGCUUUCAAAUAAAACUGGAGCGUUUGGAGAAGCUCUGCAGGGCCCUUCAGACGGAAAGGAACGAGCUGAAUGAGAAGGUGGAAGUGCUCAAGGAGCAGGUUUCUCUUAGAGAAGCAGAUGUGGAUCUGGCAGUGCAGGUGUUGCAGUCCUGCACGCUCAAUUCCCAUGAGGAGCUGGGAACUCCCAUUGACACGGAACCAGGAAUCCAACCUGAUGCGGAAUCACGUGCGGGAAAUAGCUCAGCAAAGACUGUCUCAACAAGUCCUGUUCCUGGCACUGAAUCUGUAGACUAAAAUGAAGUGUAAACACUGUAUUGAGAGAUAUAUUUUGUGUAUAACUUUCUCUGUUGGUGGUAACUAUUUGGUUUUGUGGUGAAAAUUUUCUUACUUUUUCUACCAUAUCUGUAUUUUCUUAGAACUACUGGACUUAUGUGGUACAGGAAGCUGCAUAGCAGCUUUAAAUAGCUUAAACUAUAAAUUUUCCACAACUGUGUUGCACAUCUGCCUCAUUUUUUAGAAGAAAAUAUUUUUCCAUAAAAGGAUGCAUGUGCGUUUCCUCCCCACAACACAAAUCACUGUCAUGGAAGACUGUGUACAGACCUAAUAUUGUUUGGGGAAAAUGGUGACAGCAGGUCACUCUUCUGUUUUAAAGAACAGCACUCUAGUUUUGUUCAUUGAUUUGCCACUCAGUAUACUAAAGAUUAUCAAUUUUUCCAGUAAAUUUAUCUACAUAAGGAUGUGUAGUGGCCAGUAAAAAAGUCAGCUUUCCCCCUAUAUAUGUUUUCAUAUAUAUGAAUGAAAAAGUAAAGGUCCAGAAUAUAGUUAAAAGUAUGUUUAAAGGGUUUUAUGUACUUUGUGGUAUGAAGAAACAGCUUUGAAAUACAUUAACCUGCAGCUGGUGAAACAGGGUGUACAGCUUUUUGCAGAUGUCUCAGGGUUGUGUUGUAAAGGUUAGUUUGGACUAUUUGCCCUACCUGUGAACAUGUUAAAUAUAAAUGUGUGGGGAAAUGUACAGUGAUGCUACCAAGUGGGAUUUUGCAGCUGUGGAGCCUAUUGCACAGGUGUUGGUCACAUUCUUCCCUCUUAGCUACAGUGUUUCCACCACAUGGUUAUCCUGACUAGAGAAGCCCAUUCAUGUCUGAGCAAACCUCUGGAUUAUCUGAAGAGCUGGAAAAUAAGACACUUCCUGCUGGAGGUGUGGAACACAGGAGUCUGGCAUACAGACUUCCUCCAACAGCCAGGUAUGCGACGUAUUUAAGUGUUAGUUAAGGCUAUACUGGUUAUAAUUGAACAUGAAGAUUCAGAGAUGUCUCCUGAAGUACAACGUGGAAUUUCCUGCACAUUCAACCUCAAAGCUGCACCAGUUGGCUGAGUGCCUUCCCAGUCAGGUUAUCUGGUAAAGAUGGUACUUCACGUUCUUACACUAACAUACCACAAGCAAAGCCCCCUUGUUAACCUUAAACCAUAUUGUAUUUUCCUAGAAAAUUUGAUAUCCACGUUAUGACUUCUUUUCUUGAAAGGAACUAGGACCAACACUUAUUUUUUUGCAAGGUGAUGUGAUCUAAGUACAUGCUACCCCUAACUUUAGUUCCCAUGCAUUUACUUUCUAGUUUUGGUUGCUGUCAUUUUAAGAAAUAUGAACAUGUGUAGCCUUUUCUGGUACUUAAAAGUUUUUUGCACUUACUUGGGAGGGGAUUUCUGAGUCAAGCACAUCUCAAUGAGCUUCCUACCCCCAUUGCCCUUGGCAGUUCAGUGGCUAAAUUACUUGAAUGUUCAGGCUGCACUGAGCUCCCAGUCCUUUUCCUGUAGUUGUGUACAUUGAAAUAACUUAGCUGUCUCUGAGAGAGGUUCUGUAAGGCCUAAUACAUGUGUUUUAGCUCAUACCACUAAGAGGAACUGUGCAAAACUUACAUUUCUGAAAUAGAGCAAGUGGGAAGCUGGCCGUUUUUCUCCUAGAUUGUGUGGGUUUGGUGUUUGUGGUCCAAGCACAAUGCAGGAGUGAAAAGAAGGUAGCAGUGAGCAGUCAGGUUAGAUCCAGAGCUUUGAAAUGUUGAUCAUGUGAACCAUGUAGCAUAAGAAUGACUGGAAAGAAAUAUUUCAGACUUGCUGUUCAAAUUACUUGCUUUAUAGAAUCAAGCUUGAAAAAACAGGUGUUGUGAGAACUGGUUUUCAGCUAACACUAAGUAUAAUGUAAUUUUCCUGAGGAAAAGCAAAAAACUUUGUAUCUGGUGCAUCAUACCCUUGGCAAGGUAGGACAUGAAGUUUUCUCUUUUUACAACUUAUUAUUUGGACAUUUGCAUUCUUAACAAUUCUUUCUGUAGUGCUUGUUUUAAAUGGAGGCAAGAGUGAGUUUUUGGACCCUGCUGCAAGAAUAAAUUCAAGGGCUUUUAGAGACACGACAGAUGUAUGCAACAGCAAUACAAGUAUCUUUGACACUGGCUAAAUAUGUAAAUGAAGCUGAAUGCCCCAAGUGAAAGGCUUUUAGAAUGGGGAUAUUUUCUCUUAUUUUCUACCCUCAACAUACCCUUAUCAUAGCAACUUAUCUGGCCAAGGCAAACUGUAUUUUGCUUCCUGAAACCAGUCAGCAAAGUUUCAUACGUUGAUUAAAAAGUGGUGUUUAAAAAAAAAAAAAUACAAACUGAUUUUAGGGAUAAGCUCAGCACUGUCACUGAUCUGCCAUAUUGCAGGCUAUUGCACUGCCAAGCUGCAGCCAAAGGGGCUCCAGUAGGGUUUUUAAGUAAACUUCUAUUACUGCCUUUCCCCCACUACUGCAAACCAUUUAACCUGGAUGUAAACUCAUGUAGCCUGAGGUGAGUGUGUCUGAUUGUCAGAACUGGGGCCUGAUAGACAGUUUCACCAUGAUUAAGCUGCAAAAAGCUAAAUUGUAUGUGAUUCAAGACCCAAGUACGUGCAUACGUACACACGUAAGUUAGGGCUGUAUCUGUAUUGUUUUGUCCUUCCUUUCAUUACACCUGGUUACGUUACAGUUCAAUUCUCAGGUGUUGCAGAAAAUCUACCUCUUUGGACUGUAGAUGGAAAUAACUGUGAAAAAAGUGAUGCAGAAAUCUAGUUUGUGCUAAACACACUGCUUUAUUUUUACAACCCAUGUCUGCUUUCAUGAGGAAAAGUGAUAAAUGAACAGGCAGUCUUUGUUUUGCUUUUCAAAAACAUUUUGUAGAGAUUUUUCACUAAUGUGAAUCUGAAAUUUUAUCUACUCAAUUCUGUAUAGAUUAAGUAAAUAAGUAUGCUUAAUAUAUUGGACUCUGAGUUUUUCUUUAACAUCAUCCUCAUGUCUUCUAACUGAAUCUGCUGAAACUGUAUUUAUUUGAAAAGUCAAGAGUGAAAAUUAAAAGAUGCAACAUUUGAUUUCAAGCAUAAUGUUGGAGUGAGCUCCCCUGGGAGGGGCUCUGGGGUUAUGGCAGUGACUUGGACAUUGCUGGUGGUAUCUGGUAGGAGCAGCCUGGGGCAAGGGAUGAGUAGGUGCUGCACUCUGCUCACCUCACCUGGAGUGUCUUAAGGUGAGGGUCUCUUGGACCAUGAAGAGCAGGAGCUCUGGCUGAACCUGCCCCUGCCUGCUUCAAAUUCUGCUCAUGCUUUCUCUCUCCAAAAAUUUACCCAUCGUAGUUCAGUUAGGUGCACUGUAAAAAAUGUGGGGAUUUAUGCUAAAAAAUAAGGUUUCCUAGUAAGUUCAUCAAGUGCUCCACAUUCUGUCAUACUCUGUGGGGUCAUUUGUUCUUAAUGUACACUCCCUCCCAGUUUCCUAAUACUGAAAAGCAUUCUAUUUGCCUUUUUUGGUAUAUAAUUUAACAUUUGGCAACUUCCCAAACUGAGUUUUGUUUUGGAGCUGGUUUUGAGUUCAGUUUUCCUUUGUGGUUUUUUUUUUCCUAGGUAGCAUUUGGAAUUGCUCUACAACAAACGUACUCUGAUGUGCUCACUGACUCUUUGAAGUUAGUAUUAAUUUUUUAAUUUAAAAAAAUUUAACUUGUUUGACAAUACCAUUGUAUAAGAAGUGAGCAGCAGGGGUCCUAGCCCUGAGCCUUUUCUAGAGCUGUGGCAAGUAUUUUGAAAUCCAACCACACUUGUCUGGUCAUAGUUGUUCUUGUACUUCAGAGUAUUCCUUUGUAUCUCAGUCUCCUCAAAGGUGCUGCCUCUGCUCCUGUGUAAACACCUCCUUCCCUCCUUUCUUCCAGUGCAUGCUGAUACUGAGGUCAAAUCUGGUGUUAUUUCCUUGGAUCCUCCCCCAGUCGUCCUAAGUUCCUCACAAAGACUGGUCAGAUUGGCAAGCUUUUGCUAGGGGGAAAUUUGGUCACAGUUACUAGCUGGGGAUUUUGGCUUUUUCCUUUUUUUAAUCAAGUGCUAAUGCACGUGCAAACAUGUCCACACACAUUUGAGCUGUACUUGUCUAGCGAAGAGCAGGUCUGAGAGGAGAACCUUUUUCACCAGCUGCAUUCUGAGCCCUUCAUGCACAGUGUGUUUGUAGCCAGAGAUACUUGGGUUUGGGCCUUUACAAAGUUACUCCUCACAGAUACUUUUUGUUCCUUUCUGGUUUGGUUUUGUUUGGUUGGGGUUAAGUUUUACAUUUAAAUUUUGAUAAUUCUUCCUCCUUCUUUAGCUAUUUCUUCUUGAAGGAAGGUUGUAUUUCCUUCUAACAGCCUAACUCAGCCUCAUCUAACUGCUAGCUUUUACAGACCUUGCUGACUCUGGCACCCAUCAAGCCUGAACUUUCAAGUAAUUUAAGAAUACUGUGGUGCCUGAAGACUUUAUUUUAAUUUCCUUUAAAACUGUUUGUUAUCUUUUAGCUUUGGGGUUGUGUGUUGUUUUGGAUUCCUUGUUCAAACAGGGAUCUGGGCUGUACUUGUCUCAUGGACUGGGACACUUGAAGCAGCCAAGAACACUGCUCCUACUUCAAGCUCUACUUCAAGAAAGUAACCUCUUAGAGCCUUUACAAAUUUAAAUACCCUGUUGUAUCUCAUGAUACUUCAAGCUGAGAAAAUGAAUUUAAGUCGCUCAUUUUUAAAAUGUAUCUGAAUACAGCCAUGUGACAAAUAUCCAUAUUGAUGUAGUUCACUAUCACUUCUACCACAUUUAUGUCCUGGUGUUAAGCAUCAGACUAACUACCUCAGUUCUGCCAAGUCAUGGUGAUACUGGUAUUUAAUCCAUGUAAUUUGUUGGAGUUGUUUGGUUGGUUUCUACCCUUUAUGCCUGUAUUCAUAUAAAACCAUUUGAUCUUGGUCAUGCUGCCUGUUUUAUAAAUCCUUUUCAUCAAAGCUUUUGCUGGCUUUGUGCAUCUGCUGUUUCCUGCUGGGUGGUUACUGAUUCUUUUCCUAACCCUUUUCUCCAGAAUAUGGAUUUUAUGCACUCUUGAUGUUUUAAAAGGGUUUUAAAGGGGAAGGAUAGUUGAACUCUCAAAACAUUGUUAUCCAUGUUUGAUUCUGCUUGAACUGGGGGAAGCUUUGGGUUUGAAAUUCACAAGACAGAAGCUGAUGUUGAAAGAAUUAUGAAGAAUCUACCCCACCAAACAUCUCAGUGGCCAUAAAGCAACAGGUCAAACUGGGUGUUUGACUUAAAUACUUGCUCCCUGUAGAGAGUUUACACACCUUUCUUCAGCUGUUUCAGUGCUGAAGUGAAGAGACAUCACUUACACAUGGAAGACAAUGAAGUAUAGUAUGGAUAAUAGCCUAAACUGUAUGGCUACAUAGCAAAAAUUACCUGUUAUCACACAGUCAAGGUUCUCAAGGGUCUUGCAUUUUACAAUAAAAGCAAAUACAGUUCUUUGUGCACAGUAAAGGAAAACCCCAAACUUGCUUUUUGCCGCACCGAAGCAAAAUGCAGGAAUGUUAUAUGCAUUGUCAGGUUUGUUGUUAUAGAGGUAGCAGUCUUCCAAACUACGUCACCAUCAGUUACACUUCAUGCCUUGCAGCUCCUCAUAAAUGCUUCUGUCAAGUUUAUCCUCAGAGGAGCUGGUGAUGCAAACCAUCCCAUUCUUAGGAAAGAGUGGGAGCAAAAGUUUGUGAUGCACAAUGGUGGUGGCCCUUGGCUUUGUUAGCAAUACAAGGCCACUCUGCCGCAGUGCUGCUGCUCUCCAGAAGUACUGGUUGUGGUCUGACAAGAGCCCGGCAGGAGAUUGUUAUCAUUCAACUUCCAGAAAACACGUCUGUUGAAAUAAAACAGCUGGUUUAGAAUACA